GUUACAAAUCAAAUGGUCAGAACAUGUAGAGCAUAUAUUACAGAUGGUGGCUUGUCUUGUGUCCGGGAGCAGGAGACAUCAACUGUUAUUGGAAAAAUUAAGGAUUGCAUGCUUCUAUUGAGAGAAUAUCAGAAAUGCUUUCAUGAAACAAAGCAAGAAAUUUUGGAAACUCUAGGAGAGAAGACAUUUGAAGUAUCGGAAAUGUACAUUUUUGGAAAAUCUGAAUCUUUUUGUAGGAGAUAGAAAAAGUGAAUUACAGAGAUGAUAACUGUAGUACAAACUUUUUGUGCACUGAAUCUAUCUACCACUGAAGGGAUAGAUAUUAUAGCAGUAAAAUUCAAAAGUAUCUACCAAAGCAUUCAAAAGACACAAUAUGACAUCCUUGAUCCAUGAAAAACAGAAUUUGAUGUGGAUUUUGCAAACUUCAUGGCAAAAAUUGAAGAUUUAGAGAUACAGAUAGAGACAUUUAUGCGUACCUGUUUUGGGAGAAUUUUGUCUUCACAACAUGCACUUCAGUUACUUCAAAGGUUUCAAAAUCUGAGAAUGCCAUGCCUUCAGGAAGAAACAGUACCUAGAGUUGGUUGUAUUCUUCAACAUUAUGUAGCAGAACUUGAAGCUACGAAAAAGCUUUACCAAAUUCAGAAAGAUGACCCUCCACUUGCUCGAAACAUGCCACCUGUUGCAGGAAAGAUACUGUGGGCGAGACAGCUAUUCAGAAGGAUAAAUGAACCAAUAAACUAUUUCCAUAAAAUAUCAAAUAUCUUGGCAAGUCCAGAAGGUAAAGCAAUUGUUCAGUUAUACAACAGAAUUGCCUAUGUAUUGGUGGAAUAUGAGGUAUCGUAUCAUAAUAUGUGGAUGAAGCUAAUUUCACAAUUAAAACAUUCCUUACAAGCCACAAUAUUUGCAUAUCAUCCAAAAACUGGGAAGUUGCUGGUUAAUUUUGAUCCCCAAAUUCGAGAGAUUGUCCGAGAGACUAAAUGUAUGAUAAAGUUGGGUCUGGAAGUACCAAAAGAAGCAAAAAAGAUAGUAAAAAUAGAAAAUAUCCUGAUGUCAAAAAUGUUGCGUGCAGAGGGUCUUCUCCAGCUUUAUGAAGGUUUGCGUCAAGAAACACCAACGAUUUUUGUAAAUCUAAUGGCACCAAAAAUGAAAAAGGUGGAAGCUGUGUUGAGGCAAGGACUUACCAUGUUGACUUGGUCAUCUGUGACACUAGAAAGCUUCUUUCAAGAAGCUUAUCAAGUUCUGUGUAUGUUUAAACAGUUUUUGAAAAAGGUUAAAGAUUUAAGUGAAAUGCGGAUUAAUUUAAUAUUAAAAGAAAUAUCGAAUACUCUUUUAACUGUCUUACCAGUAGAUGGUCCUAUGGAAGUAGACAAUAUGUUGACCUGCAAUGAGACUUAUACUAAAGAAUGUGCUGAGUUAUUGAACCACAAAAGCAUGCACAUUGAGGGUACUGUUCAAGAACUAAUAUCUGUAUUUGAAAAGAAUUAUGAUAUUAAAUACUCUAAGAAAACCUCAGAAAAACAUGUAUUGCCAGUAAAAGAAAAACAUAUAGUGUUUGGAAAUAUUGAAGAGGAGAGAGAAAAGAAUACUUCUGCAGCUCUUGAUGGUGAUAAUAAAAAGGGCAGUAGUAAAGAAGGUGAGUUUAAAAAGAAAUGUGAAGAGAUGGUUGCCUAUUUCAGUCACCAGCUGCUAGACAGCCUUCAGAAGGCCACUCGACUGACUUUGGACAGGCUUAGAAAAAGAAUAUUUGUUUCAAGCAAAACUACAUUUGGGAGAAGUAAGUUUUCUCUUUGCCCGAGCAAAUCUGAAGAGGCUGUUGCGUUUCUAAAAGCAGAAGUACACCUUGCUAUUCCCAAUGUGGUAAUGGUUCCCAGUUUAAACGAUAUACAGCAAGCCAACAAUCGCAUGAUUCAGUUAAUACUGGAAGUAAGUCGUGGAGUUGCUCAGUGGGGACAGAGGCAUUUGCAAAACUCUAGUUUAAAAUCAGAAUCAGGCACCCAGCAAGUAUCUUCAGCAGUCUUUGGAUCACCAGGAAAAGUAGCCAAAAAAGGGGAAAAAUUCAGGUGCCGUAGACUACCUAAAGGACUCCAACACUGGCAAGCAUUUUUAGAUCUCAAGAAAAAAAUUGAUGAUUUUAGUGAGUCUUGUCCAUUGUUGGAAAUGAUGACGGACAAAGCAAUGAAGCAAAGACACUGGAAUCGUAUUACUGAAACAACAGGACAUCAAUUUGACAUAGAAUCUGAUUCUUUUUGCCUUUGAAACAUCAUGGAAGCACCAAUUCUUAAACAUAAAGAUGAUAUCGAGGAUAUAUGCAUAUCUUCUACAAAGGAAAAGGAUAUAGAGGCCAAACUAUCUCAAAUAGCUGACAUGUGGGGAAGCCAAAUUUUGAGCUUUUCAUCAUUCAAAGGGAGAGGAGAGUUAUUAUUAAAGGGAACUGAAUCAUCAGAAAUUAUCAUGUUGAUGGAGGACAGUUUAAUGAUUCUUCUCUCUUUACUGACCAAUAGAUAUAAUACACCAUUUAAAAAAGAAAUUCAGAGCUGGAUUCAUAAACUAAGCAGCUCCACAGACAUAAUUGAAGAAUGGCUGCUUGUGCAGAACCUCUGGAUUUAUCUUGAAGCUGUUUUUGUAGGGGGAGAUAUUGCAAAACAGUUACUCCAGAAAGCAAAACGUUUUCAGAAUAUUGACAAAUCAUGGGUAAGAAUAAUGCAACGAGCUGGUGAAAACCCAAAUGUAAUUAACUGCUGUGUUGGAGAUGAGACUAUGGAGCGACUUUUCCCUCAUUUACAUGAACAGUUGGAAUUAUGUCAGAAAUCGCUUACAGGAUAUUUAGAGAAGAAAAGACUACUGUUUUCUAGAUACUUUUUUGUUUCUGAUCCUGCCCUUCUUGAAAUUCUUGGACAAGCAAGUGAUUCUCAUACAAUUCAGCCACAUCUGCCUUCCAUAUCUGACAAUAUAAAUGAAGUAGACUUUCACCCGAAGGAUUAUGAUCGCAUACUGGAAGUCAUUUCAAGAGAAGGAGAAAAAAUUCCAUUGGACACUCCAGUGAUUUCAAAAGGACUAGCAGAACUUUGGUUGCAGGAUUUAUUGCGUGUGCAGCAGAUUUCAUUGCAUGGCAUAAUUAGGGCAGCAUAUUACCAAAUUAGUGACACAGGAUAUCAGUUGCUGAAUUCUCUUAAUCACUUCCCAGCACAGGUUGGAUUACUGGGAAUUCAGAUGUUGUGGACACAUGAUUCAGAAGAAGCUCUACAGAAUGCCAAAGAGGACAGAAAAAUCAUGCAAAUCACAAAUGGGAGAUUUCUGGAGAUUCUGAAUAUGUUGAUUAGUCAGACCACACAUGAUCUUUCCAAGUUUGACAGAGUGAAAUUUGAAAUGCUUAUUACCAUUCAUGUGCAUCAACGUGAUAUUUUUGAUGAUUUGGUAAAAAUGCACAUCAAAUCACCAACUGAUUUUGAAUGGUUAAAGCAGUCUAGAUUCUAUUUUAAAGAGGAUUUCUAUCAUGUCUUGGUAUCCAUUACAGAUGUUGAUUUUAUUUACCAAAAUGAAUUUCUGGGUUGCACUGAUCGUCUGGUUAUAACGCCUCUUACAGACAGGUGCUAUAAAACCGUAGCGCAGGCUUUGGGAAUGAACAUGGGAGGAGCUCCAGCAGGACCAGCUGGAACUGGUAAAACAGAAGCGAUGAAAGGCAUGGGAAAGGCUCUGGGAAAAUAUGUAGUAGUCUUGAACUGUUCCGAUCAAACGGACUUCAGAGGUUUGGGUUAGAAUAUUCAAAGUCUUGCGCAGUCUGGAUCUUGGGGAUGUUUUGAUGAAUUCAGCCGAAUUGAGUUGCCUGUCUUGUCAGUAGCAGCACAGCAAAUCUAUAUUAUUUUAACAGCAAGAAAAGAAAGAAAAAAGCAGUUCAUUUUUUCUGAUGGAGACUGUGUAGAUUUAAAUCCAGAGUUUGGAAUUUUCCUAACAAUGAAUCCUGGAUAUACUGGAUGACAAGAACUACCAGAAAAUCUCAAAAUUCAGUUUAGAACUGUUGCAAUGAUUGUUCCAGAUAGAGAGAUAAUUAUAAGAGUUAAGCUUGCAAGUUACGAAUUUAUUGAUAAUGUGGUCUUGUCUCAGAAAUUCUUCCUUCUUUAUAAACUCUGCGAGGAGCAGCUCACUAAGCAGAUACAUUAUGACUUUGGUCUGAGGAAUAUCCUUUCAGUACUGAGGACCGGGUCACAAAAGAGGACAAGGCCAAAUGAAAGUGAAUUAAGUAUUGUUAUGAGAGGACUAAGAGAUAUGAAUCUUUCUAAGCUGAUAGAUGAAGAUGAGCCUUUGUUUCUCAGUCUUAUCAAUGAUCUCUUUCCGGGGUUACAGUUGGACAGUAGUAGCUAUGCUGAGCUUCAGGCUGCAGUAGCUAAUCAGGUUGAAGAAGCAGGAUUGAUUAACCAUCCACCAUGGAAUCCUAAGCUUAAUCAGUGGAAAAGAGUCUUCAGGGUGCAUUUGAGCGGACAUUGUAAAAUGGUCAUAACUACAUUAAUGAGAGCACUGACAGAAUGUGGCCAAUCUCAUAGAGAAAUGCGGAUGAACCCCAAAGCUAUUACUGCUCCUCAGAUGUUUGGAAAACUAGAUGCUGCAACUAAUGAUUGGACAGAUGGAAUCUUUUCUGCAUUGUGGAGGAAAACACUGAAAGCUAAAAAGGGUGAAAAUGUGUUUCUGAUAUUAGAUGGUCCUGUAGAUGCAAUCUGGAUUGAGAAUUUAAAUUCAGUUUUGGAUGAUAACAAGACCCUCACUCUAGCAAAUGGAGAUGGAAUUCCUAUGUCUCCUACAUGUAAACUGUUGUUGGAGCUCCACAACAUUGAGAAUGCCUCUCCAGCAACAGUUUCUCAAAUGGGUAUGGUCUACAUCAGUUCUUCUGCCCUCAGCUGGAGACCAAUAUUGCAAGCAUGGUUGAAAAAGCGUUCUUCUCAAGAAGCUGAAGUUUUACAGAGUUUGUAUGAUAGAAUCUUUGAACCAGCAUAUAUGUAUAUGAAACUAAACCUUAAUCCAAAAAUGGAGCUUCUGGUAUGUAACUAUAUUAUACAGUCUAUUAAUCUUCUGGAGGGUUUGAUUCCAUCGAAGGAAGAAGGUGGUUUAUCAACUAUAUUUCAUCUGCAUAAAUUGUUCUGCUUUGCAAUAAUGUGGAGUUUAGGUGCCCUUCUGGAAUUGGACAGUAAAGACAAACUUGAAGCCUUCAUUAGAGCUCAUGAUAACAAAUUAGACUUACCAGAAAUCUCUCCUGGCACCAGUCAAACAAUGUACGAGUUCUAUGUUACUGAUUAUG